AUGUCGCGCUCGCUGCGCACGCGUCCGCUGACGCUCUACGCCUCGCGCGAGUCGGCCGGGCCCUCGCAGUCCGUCGACGACGCUCGCGGCGGGCAGCAGACGCCCAACAGUGCCUCGCGCAAGGCCGUGCCCGGCAGCGGCGGCGGCAGUCGUGAUCAAGGCCUCACGCCGACGUCCGGACGGCGAGGCGGCUUCUCGCGCGCCUCUGAAGUCGGCUCGAACCUCAAGAAGCGGCUCUCGAUGCGCUAUGCCGAGCCCACCGAGCUUGGACCCGGCGGCUACUCCACGGCGCCGGCCCUGCCUCCCAUGCCCCACUCGGCGCUGUCGCAGACUGAUGGUUACGGACAGCCGCUGCCGAUCAUGGGCGAUGGCUUUGAGGAUGGGCCGGGCGACUAUCAGACGUAUGAGGACGAGGCGCGUCAGCCGUCUAGCGGCAGAAAAGAGCGCAGCAGCGACGAGCGUGAGUCGCGCAUCGUAGCCAUGCCAUCUGCAUCCCUCUCAAGCCGCUGCACAGGUGCCCGCGCCAAGUCUGGCCAGAAGUCAGCAGAGGCUGCGUCAUUCCACGACUAUCACGACUUCAUCCGCGUCAGCAAGGAGAUCAGCAGCUUGGAAAACGAGAUGCUCGAGCUCAAGGAGCUGGUCAAGGAGUGGAAGAGCUUGCCGCACGCGCUGCAGCUCGAAGAGACCGAGGGCGGCCUCAUCGAUGGGACACUGAGCCGCUACGGUCGAGGCAACCGCAACUCGGCGCUCGACCUGCAGCAGAUCUACCGCGCGCAGAUCAUGUCGCUCUGGGAGGGCAUCGAGGGCUCGCAGAAGUUCCUGCCUUACAUUCCCGGGCGGCAUCUCAUCGCCGAGGCGAGCUCCUUCACCGAGCUCAACGCGGCGACGUACAAGCCAAAGCAGGGCGUCGCGCUCUUUCUCCUCGACGACCUGCUGCUCGUUGCUGUGCGCAAGAAGCGACAGAUGAGUGCGCGCGUCAGACUGGUGGCCGAGCGCUGCUUCAGUUUGGGAGAAAUCGUCGUCAUUGACCUGAAGGACGGCGGCGAUCUGACCAAUGCCGUCAAGAUCAAGCGCGCCAAGGAGACAUUCGUCUAUCGCACCGAGCGCGCCGAGGACAAGCGGGCGCUGCUCAAUGCCUUUCGCAAAGUGGCCGAGGAGCUGGCGAGCAAGCGGCGCAAGGAGAGCGUGGCUGAGGCCGAGGCGCGCAAGCGCGAGAGCACACUCGUCGGUGGUCCUACGCCGGCAAUGCUGCGCUCCCCAGACGUCGCGGGCGACCGAGGCAUGAGCGCCUUUCCCGGCGAGGACGGCAGCGUGCUGGCUGCUGCGGCUGCCACUGCCGCGAGCGAGAAGAAGGAUCCAGGCCGAUGGAUCAACGACUUUGCAGAUGAGCUGGCGGUCGCGAUCGCGCUGCGCGAGUGGAGCGACGCGGUGGCCAUGGUUGAGAAGGGCAAAGGCGCCCUCUCAACCUAUGCGCCGACAGACCAAGCGCACCGCGAUCUCGCCGCCAAGCUCAACGUCUUGACCGCCUCGCUAGUCAGUGCCAUCUCGCACGAUCUCUCCUCGCCCUUCCUCAAGAAGUCUGCCGUCGUGCGCAACGCCGCACUGCUGCUGCGUCUCGACAAGGGCGAAAAGGCGCGCGAACUCUUCCUGGCGGCGCGCAGCGAGCUGCUCCGGCGUCGCAGCCGACAGAUCAAGUUCGAGGGCGACGUCAGUCUGCACAUCUCCGAACUGGCACUCGUGCACUUUACGCUGGUGAAGAACACGAGCGAGUGGUACAUGAGUGCCUUCAAGGACAAUCGCAUGGCCAGCGGCUUUGUGCGCUGGGCUGCUGCACAGAUUGAGGCGUAUGCAGAGAUCUUCCGACGGCAGGUGUAUGGCGUGGCGGACCAGGAGCCCAAGAUCAUCGCCGAGUGCAUCGAGAUCACCAAGAGCAGCGCCAACCAGCUGCGCGACGUUGGCCUGUCGUUUGGCUUCUUGCUCGACGAGCUGCUGCGGCCCGACGGACUCUCUCGGCCCAGUGAGUUGCUGCUCGGUGCAUGA